AUCUCAACUUACAGAUAGCAGAACAAAUUUAUUUUGGUUGCUGGGUCGUUUGGGCUACAUGUUGCAUAUCGUUGGUACCUCGACGCUCCUCGUUGGCAUCAUUUAUAAAUUGACAGAUCUAUUGUUCAUUUACUUGGUUACGAAUAUUCUACACAUGAUUUUUGACACGACAUAUAUUGUCGCCUGGGUUUUAAGAUGUCAGUACUGUUUCUAUGAACUCUGUAUAUCAUCCGCGGGCAUUGUGUUGAGCAUUUACUUUUGGCUAGUUGUCUUUUUAUUCCGACGUAAAUGUCUUUGGGAAAAGUCACCAAACUAUGAUCAAUAGCUAAAUAUAAAUAUGCAAAACGUUCUAUUCCAAAAUUUUAAAUAUUUUGCAGAUAUUUUACCUAAAUUAUUUAGAGUAAUUUAAAUUCGUUGUUAACCAUCAUUGUUGUUUUAAUAUAUUAUUUUUGGCAGCUUUUAUA